CUCGCUAGUCAUUUGCUGACCCGUGUUUGAGUGAGAGAGAGGAGCAGGAGGAAGACUGGCUCGCGUUAAGAGCUGACGAAGACGGACAGAUAACAAUACCGAAUACUUGGUCAUAUCUAUUCCCUCUCUGCUUUUGAGUUGCGCCGGUCGCUAAAAGUUCCAGUUUUGGAAUCCGUCCAAAAUGGGGUUCCGCAAAAAGACCAACAAGAACCCGCCGGUGUUGAGCCACGAGUUUAUCAUCCAGAACCAUGCCGAUAUUGUUUCCUGUGUUGCUAUGGUGUUCCUCCUCGGGUUGAUGUUUGAGGUCACCUCGAAGGUUGCAGUGCUGUUCAUCACUGUCCAAUACAACUUUACCAUCUCUGCAAAUGAAGGCCUAUCAGAGGAGAGCGUGGUGAACCACUUCCACCACGGGCUGAAGGAUCUGGCAACGAUCUUCUUCUACAUGCUGGUGGCCAUCAUCAUCCACGCUAUCAUCCAGGAGUAUGUACUGGACAAAAUCAACCGAAAGAUGCACUUCUCUAAGACCAAGCACAGCAAGUUCAACGAGUCAGGCCAGCUCUCUGCCUUCUACCUGUUCUCCUUCGGGUGGGGAACCAGCAUCCUCAUGUCUGAGAACUUCCUGUCCAACCCAGUGAGUCUGUGGGAUGGAUACCCUCAUACCCUGAUGCCGUUCCAGAUGAAAUUCUAUUUUAUCAGCCAGAUGGGCUACUGGCUUCACGCUCUGCCUGAGAUCUACUUCCAGAAGACCAAGAAGGAGGAUAUUCCCCGACAGUUGGUGUAUAUCUCUCUGUACUUAGUUCACAUCGUUGGAGCAUACAUUCUCAAUCUGAAUCGUCUGGCUCUGGUCCUGCUGGUGCUGCACUGCUUCAUAGAGCUUCUCUUCCACGUGUCCCGUUUGGUCUACUUCAGCAACGAGAAGAGACAGACUGGGUUCUCCAUCUGGGCGGUGCUGUUUGUCCUUGGACGGCUGCUCACCCUGUCCCUGUCUGUCCUGACUGUGGGCUUCGGCCUGUCCAACGCUGAUCAACAGGGACUGGACCUGGCUAACGGGAACUUCAAUGUGCUCAUAGUUCGGAUCACUGUGCUGGCUACCAUCUGUGUGACUCAGGCCUUCAUGAUGUGGAAAUUCAUCAACUUCCAGCUCAGGAGGUGGAGAGAGCAGGCCCAGGCCCAGCCCGUGAAACCCAAGAAGCUCCAAGCUCCCAAGACCAAGUCCAAGAAAGACAAAGCCAAUGGAGUGAACGGAGUGAGUUCCAACGGAGCCGAUUCGCCGAGAGCAAAGAAAGAGAAGUCUUCGUAAACUACCCCCCCCCACCACCCCCUUCUCAGUUCCUCCAACCAAUCCCCUUCAGGCAGCAUCCAGCCUUCUCAUUCCACUGCUCUGUAUGCGGUCUAUGGCCCAAUCCCAAAUCCAUCCCUAGACCCUUGUAGAGAUCUAAGAGGAAAUGAUUGAUUCAAGCAAUGUGGUGAAACUUCCACCUAGAAUAUCAAGAGAGCCGAGUUGUACUAAGCCCAUAUUGAUUACACCUGUCAUAUCAUCAUCUCAGAUCCACUCAAGGGGGUUUCAUUUGGGACUGUUCAUCUACGACAGCUACUAAAGGAGGACAACUCCUUCCAACAGGACUACAAGAUCCAGAAUGCAUCUUGGCCUCAUCUGCUUGUUGCCAAUCUCCAGUGCUGACCAUUCCCAGAAUCAUUGUGACACUGCUGUGUCAUUAUUACAGCGAAAGGAAACCAUGAAAGAACAAAUCGAACAAAGAACUUAUUUAGAAGUGCCUAUUCAUAGACUGUACAGGAUGUGCAGAUUUAAAAUGUCAGGAAUGAUAUAAGCUCAGUAUCUCAGUACACCCCCACCCCCCCAAGCCAGAGAUGUUAUUUAUCAGACUGUAUCCUGUGACAUGUGCUGUUUGUUUAACAAAAGGUCUUCUUGAUUCAGUCCCAUUUAUUUGGAACCGCCUGAGGAGAAAUGCACCUGCUGACCUAUUUUUAAAUGACCUCAUUUCCUGUUUUUUUUUUUUUUUUGUGGGGGGCUUUCUUCUUUCUUUUUUUCAUCAACACAGGCACGUUUCUAGAAUGGAUAGGUUUAAUUGGUUGAUUGGAAUGGAUGGGUUUAAUUGGUUGGUUGGAAUGGAUGGGUUUAAUUGGUUGAUUGGAAUGGAUGGGUUUAAUUGGUUGAUUGGAAUGGAUGGGUUUAAUUGGUUGAUUGGAAUGGAUGGGUUUAAUUGGUUGAUUGGAAUGGAUGGGUUUAAUUGGUUGAUUGGAAUGGAUGGGGUUUAAUUGGUUGAUUGGAAUGGAUGGGUUUAAUUGGUUGAUUGGAAUGGAUGGGGUUUAAUUGGUUGAUUGGAAUGGAUGGGUUUAAUUGGUUGAUUGGAAUGGAUGGGUUUAAUUGGUUGGUUGAUUGGAAUGGAUGGGUUUAAUUGGUUGAUUGGAAUGGAUGGGUUUAAUUGGUUGGUUGAUUGGAAUGGAUGGGUUUAAUUGGUUGAUUGGAAUGGAUGGGUUUAAUUGGUUGAUUGGAAUGGAUGGGUUUAAUUGGUUGAUUGGAAUGGAUGGGGUUUAAUUGGUUGAUUGGAAUGGAUGGGGUUUAAUUGGUUGAUUGGAAUGGAUGGGUUUAAUUGGUUGAUUGGAAUGGAUGGGUUUAAUUGGUUGAUUGGAAUGGAUGGGUUUCAUUGGUUGAUUGGAAUGGAUGGGUUUCAUUGGUUGAUUGGAAUGGAUGGGUUUCAUUGGUUGAUCGGAAUGGAUGGGUUUCAUUGGUUGAUUGGAAUGGAUGGGUUUCAUUGGUUGAUCGGAAUGGAUGGGUUUCAUUGGUUGAUUGGAAUGGAUGGGUUUCAUUGGUUGAUCGGAAUGGAUGGGUUUAAUUGGUUGAUCGGAAUGGAUGGGUUUCAUUGGUUGAUUGGAAUGGAUGGGUUUCAUUGGUUCCACCGUAUUGCUUUAACCUACCAGUUUGUGUGCUUCUCAAAUGGCACCCUAUUCCCUACAUAGUGCUCCACUAUUGACCAGAGAUGUAUGGCCGUGGUCAAAAUUAGGGUACUACAUAGGGAACAGGGUCCCAUUUGAGUCACAGUCAUUCUUUCAGGACACUGGCAGUGAGAAUGAAGGAACGGGAAUGAGGAUAGGAAGCCAUUCUAGAGUAGUUUGACUUUUUGUUGUUGUUGUUGUUGUUGUUGUUUCAAGCCUUUUGCUUUGGUGCUGUAAAAAAGGCCUGACCCCUGUUGAGUUUUGUUAAUGCAUCCUGUGGCCUUUCCUUUGCUGAAGUAAUCACUGAUCUAACAAGGUUGGAUAAGUCCGUUUCCCCCCCCAAACCCAGUCAAUGGCAGGAUCAGUGGUCACUGUGAAGGGAGAAAAUAAUUAUUGGUGUAGCAUCCCAAAAUGCCACCCUAUUCCCUAUAUAGUGCACAAGAGCCACUAUGGGAUCAGGUGAAAAGUAGUGCACUACAUAGGGAAUAGGGUGCCACUUUAGGAUGCACAACCCUAGUGAAAAAAAAUGGUUGCCAUUGGCGAUUGGCUGCCUUCAUUCAAGAGCCUGCAAAGCCAAAAUCUGUUUGGCUUUUUUUUAAUAUAAGUGCUGAGGAUCCUAUCAGGUUAUUAGAGGACAUAUUUAGUGUUAUUAAUAUUAGUGUUGCUUUCUUUGUUGGAGAAUAUGGACUUGAGGCCUACUUUUUGGUCAACAAACCCCGAGUGGUUUGUGUUUGUCACUGUCUGUUUCAAAUGGCAACCUAUUCUCUUUAUAUUGCUGUCCUAUGUCCAGUAGAGUACCUAAGGGCCCUGGUCUAAAGUAGUUCACUAUAUAUAUAGGGAAUAGGGUGCCAUUUGGGACUGUAUUUUGUCUCCUUUUGAACAUGUCCAUGGGAAUAUAAUUUGAUGUUAUGAAUGAGGAAAUGUUGUGUUUUUUUCCAUUUUAUCCCUCCUUUUACUUUAACGGAACGUGCCAAAUCAGAGCUCUCACCAUGACAGGAUCUUUCUUUCCUUUAACAUGCUCACUCGUUGCCAUUAAAUCAUUUACACGGAAAGAAAUGUGUCCAAUUUUAAUUGAACUGAGAUGGUAUUUUGGUAGAAAUAUGCCGAUGUAGUGACGUUGUGUAAUGUUUGACGGUGAUAUGUGGUUGUUACCUACCUUUUGAAUGCACUGCCUGAUGUAAGAUGGAUGCUAAAUGACCAAACUGUUAAAUGGAAUGUUUAUUCAUUUUGUAGUUCUUUAAGAACAUAACUAUAAUUGUAUUUAUAUGUAAACUAUAUUAUGAGAAACAAUCAUCUUUGGAAUGAACGCAAACGCCAAUGAAUAAACUUUAACUAGAGGUCAAA